GGCGGCAAGGUCCCAGGGGGGCUGCUGUUGACACGUGGCAGCUGGCAAUGGGAGGAGAGAGGCCCGUCGCUGUACCGCCUCGUGGGGGUCAUGAGCUUUCAUUCCACAUAAGUUUCCACAACACGACGCGCAAGCAGGAGAUUUUCAUCCCACAUGUGACGGCGAGCGUGGUGCUGCUCUCCUCCCACUACCUCCACGGCAUCUCCACUCACGUCUCUGCGGCCAGGCUGGACGUGCAUUACCCGGCGUACGGGCCACAUGGCAGCCUGCCAUUGGUGCAGCACGUCAUCCUGCCCCUCGCCUUCCCCCCCUGCCCGCCCCCAUCCGCUCCUCACGCCCCCUCAGUGGCGCAGGUAUGCCCCUCAGUGGCGCAGGUAUGCCCCUCAGUGGCGCAGGUAUGCUUGCUGUCAUCCCUAUUCUCCCUCGCCCCUACUCACCCUCGCCGCUACUCAUCCUCUCCUCUGCUCCACCGCUCCCCCCCUUCCAAUGCGCAUUCACCUUGUCUCCACACCGUCACAACUGCCUCCCGCCCCCCCCCUCUCCCCAACAGCAUAGCACCAGGCAUAUCAGUGCUGGCGGUCCCAACGCACCUGCUGUGCCACCUUGACGACCCGCUUCAUCGCGCUGCGACGGUGAGACGCGCGGCCAUACACUACGCAGCGCCAUAUCUCCAACCAGGCGACGUGGUGACACUUGGCGAGACCCCAUUGGCUAUCAUGCAGGGUCGCUUCCGCCACCCAGACUCCUUGUGCGCGGGCCCAGUGGCCCGUUGGGCGUGCCGCCGCUUCCUGCCCACCUCCUCCCUCGCCACUGCGUGUGGCAUGCAGGCCCUUAUCGACGUGGUGGGGGUGGUGCGCGUGAUAGUGGCGGUGCUGCUGGCGGCACUGGCGAGGCUGCUGCUGGGAAAGAGGGGUGUGUUCUACCAGCUGGCAGGGGAGCAGGCACGGCUAAUCGACGACGUCACGGGGACUCUCCCUCCUUACGACCAGUUCAUCACCCUCGGGCCUGUGCGUGGCCUCUCCUCUCUUGCACUCUCCUCUCUUGCACUCUCCUCUCUUGCACUCUCCUCUCUUGCUCUCUCCUGUCCACACACGUACGCCUUCUGA